GUGGAUUUGUGGAAAAAAUAUAUAACAUGGGAAAAAAGUAAUCCUCUGAGGACAGAAGACCAUGCUAUUCUCACAAAAAGAGUUAUGUUUGCCUAUGAACAGUGUUUAUUAUGUCUUGGACAUCAUCCUGAUAUAUGGUAUGAAGCAGCAUUGUUCCUUGAACAGUCUAGUAAACUCCUGACAGAGAAAGGGGAUCUAGCUGCUGGUAAAUUGUUUAGUGAAGAAGCUGCUGCUAUUUAUGAGCGUGCAACUACAACUUUUUUGAAGACAAACAUGCUGUUAUAUUUUGCAUAUGCUGAUUUUGAAGAAGGUCGCAUGAAAUAUGAUAAAGUCCAUCAAAUUUAUAAUAAGUUCAUUGAGAAUCCAGACAUUGAUCCAACAUUGGCAUACAUUCAAUAUAUGAAGUUUGCAAGGAGGGCUGAAGGCAUCAAGGUUGCUAGAUCUAUAUUUAGGAAAACCAGAGAAAAUCCAAGUACUAAGCACCAUGUGUAUGUUGCAGCAGCAUGGAUGGAAUAUUAUUGCACCAAAGACAAGACCAUUGCUUUUAAAAUAUUUGAAUUAGGUCUCAAGAAAUAUGGUGAUAAUCCUGAUUAUGUAUUAGCAUAUAUUGAUUAUCUCUCUCACCUUAAUGAUGACAAUAAUACAAGAGUACUUUUUGAAAAAGUUCUAGCAUCAGGAAGUUUACCACCAGAAAGACAAGUUGAAAUAUGGAAUAAAUUUCUCGAGUUUGAAUCAAAUGUUGGUGAUUUGGCAAGCAUCUUAAAAGUAGAAAAGAGGCGAGCUGCUGUUAUUGAACAGUUAAAGGAAUUUGAAGGGAAAGAAACUGCACUCCUGGUUGACAGAUAUAAAUUCAUGGACUUGUAUCCUUGUACUCCAUCUGAAUUAAAAUCAGUGGGUUACAAGGAAAUAGUAAAGCAACAUGUUUCAAGUUUGCCAUCAUCUAUGAUCGUAAUGAAAGACAGUCUUUUAGAUGAUGGAGACAGGAAACCAGGAUAUCCUGCACCAGAUACAUUACAGAUGAUCCCAUAUAAGCCAAGACAGAUAUAUCCCACUGCUGCCCAUCCGGUGCCUGGUGGUGUAUUUCCCGCUCCUCCAAGUGCUUCAUAUUUAAUGACAUUACUUCCACCACCUACAUCCUUUUAUGGUCCAUUUGUUGGAGUUGACGAGUUGAUUAAAGUUAUCAAAAUGUGGCGGCCUCCAGAGAAUGCUCCCAGACCCAUUGAAAAUGGUAUCUCAAAAGAUAUGGAAAAAUAUUUUGAACAUGCUAUCAAUGCAAUGGGUGAUUCAAAAAAGAGGAGGACAGGUGAUGGUCUUCAGGAUGAAAGCGACGAUGAAGAAGGUGGAAUGGCCCCACCUAUAAAAGAUGUAUAUCGAGCCAGACAGCAAAAGAAAGUCAAAACUUGAGACAUUGUUUGUACCUAAUAAAAAUUCUGUAAAUACGUGUGGAUGUAAGCAAUUAUGCAUAACUUCCAUGUCAUUGCUCAAAAUUUUCAUUUUCAGAACUCUUUUUCCAUGUGUGAAUGAGAGGAUGAAUGUUUGUAUCACUUAUGUUACAUGUUUUGCUAACAAUCAUGGUGACAUGGAUUUUAAUGGCACCUAUUGUUUGAACAUGAUAAUUUCAUUUAUAGUUUUUUAUACAAAGCAUAUGUGAAAAUAAACUAUUUCAUUGCCAUAUCA